CACCUCCGCAGCUUACUGUAGAUCUGCUCACAGCUCACAUUCAUUGCAGCGCGAAGCCUCGCUCCGUUCGCACGUUACCGGCAAUAUCAAUCUGUGUCUCUACGCGCUUCUUUUGUGUUAUUAAAUAAAUAAAAUUCCGAGAUGAAGCCCGACAAUUUGGGAUUUACAGAGGACCGGAGGCCAAUGGAGACGAUGUCGGAAACAUCUGAGGCAACGACCACCACAGCAGCUUCCGAGUACCAAGGGUUCGACUACAACGAGGACAUUACAGUUUUGGCUCGCCAAUUAGGUAUCGACAACCUCGAAGAUCUGAAACGCGAACGUUUUCGCGUUAAUCGUCGCCGACUCGAACAAAUGCUGACAGGGGAAGAUGAAUCUUUGGAGCGGGCCGAUGUAUUCUUUGAAAAGAUUAUGGAACAAACAAGUACGAUGAUUUCUUGGCCAGCGAGAUUGAAAAUCGGUGCAAAGUCAAAGAAAGAUCCACACAUAAAGGUCGUUGGUCGUCAAGAGGAUGUAAAGGCUGCCAAAGAGAAGAUCAUGCAGAUCCUGGACACACGCCAAGCAUUGCGAGUGACGAUGAAGCUUGACGUUAGCUACACAGAUCAUUCACACAUAAUUGGAAAAGGUGGAUUAACAAUAAAGCGCGUAAUGGAAGAGACCGGUUGUCACAUACACUUUCCCGACAGCAAUCGCAGUAAUCAUCAAGAAAAGAGCAAUCAAGUUUCUAUCGCAGGAGAUAUGGAAGGUGUUGAAAAAGCUCGUGCUCGAAUUAGAAAUCUUACUCCAUUGAUUUUUUCCUUCGAGCUACCGAUAAUGGGAUCAAUGCAAGCUGUUCCUGACUCAACCAGUCCAUGCAUUGUUAAAAUUCAAGAGCAGUUUAAUGUACAAGUGAUGUUUCGAACUCGUCCUAAAUUACACGCUACUCUCGUAGUGGUUAAAGGUUGCGAAUGGGAGGUACAUCAAGUCAAGGAGGCUACUACCCGACUAAUAGGGUACUUGUGCAAAAAUUUAGCGAGUCAAAUAUCCGUUCAAAUGUCGAUGGAAAUCUCUCCGCAGCAUCAUAGCGUGGUUUUAGGUAAACAGAGCAAUAACUUGAAGUUGAUAAUGCAGCGCACCUCUACACAGAUCAUGUUCCCGGAUGCUGGAGACCCAAAUAUCCCCAGUCUCAAAAAGAGUAACGUCAUAAUUACCGGUGGGAUUAAUAAUGUCUACUUGGCACGUCAGCAUCUUAUAGGUUCACUACCGCUAGUUGUAAUGUUUGACUUCCCGGAAGAUGCAACGCCGACCUUCGACUCCGAAACCAUUUCACAACUCAUGCAAACUCAAGAUGUCUUUAUCAGCGUUCGAAACAAGCCAAAAGUCAGUGCUAUUUCUAUCGUAAUAAAAGGCGUUGAAAAGAAUGCAACCAGAAUUUAUGAAGCUCGAAGACAAAUUCUUAAUUUAAAAGAGCCAAGACUUCAUGCGAUGAUCCCUGACACUUAUAACAUUCCUAACGCUUCAAAUCUCUUUCUUGGUAAUACUGCUGGUAUUGUGUCCACUAAUAUGCGUGGCCGAACGGAAAGUUCUGCAGUCAAAUUUUUAGGCAUAACACCAAUGAGUUCGCAAAGCACCUCUCCAUACAGCAUGUCACCAUUGUCAUUAUCUCCAACAUCGAUGGGUUCAUUUAAUUUAUCUUCAAACUGGAGUGGAUCGGCUGGUUCGGUUUACUCUUCGUAUGGAAUAAAUCAUCCAAAUGUUCAGCUUUUGACAGCUACUCGUCAAGCGAUGCAGAGUAAUCUUUUGGCUCCAGCUGCUAUCAACCAGCACCAAAGUGUUAACCAGCACCCAAGUGUCAAUCACCAUCGCCAUGGCCAGUCUCUUCUUGGUGACUACUUUUCAUACAGCAGCGCUUCAAGCACUUUAACAAGUCCAUCAGCCAGUCCGCGUAAUGUCUCUCCAUCUCCAAUUGGAUUCUCAGACUCAAGUAUGGACAUCUCUGGAGUCUUUUCUGACUUCGGAAUUAAUGAGCUACCUAACGAACGAACAUCGAGCCGUCAAUUCACAGCGUUUGACUACGAGCAGAAGAAAAUUAUGGCAUUUAAAGCGAUGCAAAACAUCCCCAAGUCAACGGAGUACAGAGUACCAACUCCAACGUGGUCCGGUUAUGGACUAAGCCAGACAAUGCCUCCAGCUACCGUGACAUCUUUAGACUAUUCGGUGAGCUCUAAACCGAAGGAGACUUCGGACCUCUGGGACGGUCCUAAAACACCGUUAGCCUUCGCCUCAAGUAUAGAUUCUGCUCAAGAUAAGGGCAUGCUUGGUAUUUCUUCAUACCUCGAUCAUACACCUCAGUCACGACUUCAGAAAGUGCUUGAGGGCCCCCACACCGACAUGGCUAGCAUGCUGACCGGUAUUGGGAUGGAGAAGUACAUACGUUUAUUAGUGGCUAACGAAAUAGACAUGCUGACGUUCCGCUCGUUGACUGACAAAGAUUUAUGCGAGAUUGGUAUCAAAGCUUGGGGUGCUAGACGUAGAAUUUUACUUCUCAUUGCCGAGUUGAACAAAAGGUCGAUGCCGUACUCGGGAAGCGUAGCACCUGGAGCUGAGCGUAAAUCUUCUCUUCCGAGCGCAUCAUCGAGCUCUGGAAUAUCGAGUACUACUACUACCGUCGAGGGCAAGUGGUAAUGAUGAUAUCGAGUAAAUUCCUAUUUCUACUCUAAGUCAAAAAUCGUAAUAGUCGAGGUAGAAAAUGUUUAUCAGUGCUACUAUCAUAUACAAAAAUAUUACGAGAUGAUAUAUGAUAGUAGCUGAUUUGACUGCGGGAUAUAUAUUUAUUAAAAUUACACGUUGCAUUCAAUAUUUUAAAGGCCUCAAGAAAAAGGCCAGAGUUUAUGUUUGUGUACCGGAACAACUUGAUUACGUAUAUUAAUUUUUUUUCAUACAUAUUUUCUUUUCUUUCUCUUUACUUAUUUAUUUUUUUUUCUUAUUUUAAAUUUGAGUUCAAACGAUCUCUUUCAAGUCGGUACACAAAUUUGUUAUUGCUAAUAUUAUUUAUAGAUAUAUAGAGUUAGAGAUAAUCAUCAUCAUUAUCAAAAUCGUGAUCAUCAAUCAAUUUUUUUUAUAUAUAUUCAUAUUGCAUUAUAUUUAUUAAAUCUUAACCUACAAGCUUAGCAUGAAAAUUGAUUUUCAAUCUAUUUAUUAUUGUUAAUUAUACCAGAUGCUCAAAAUUAACAUGAGUUAAAAACUUUAUCGGUAUAAAUGUCGUGUAUAUACUGUAUAUUAAUGUAAGUGAUAAGUGAUAGGAUUAUAAAUUCUGAUUGUACAAAAUCAUCCGUGAUGAUUACAAGAUAAUAAUCCGCAAUUUUUACCUGCUAAGCGCAUGCAUAAAUUUUUUCACGUGUUCGUGAAUUGAUCAAUCAUAUAGCUAAGUUACACAUCCUUAAAGUAUGAAUAUAAGCAAUCGAGUUUGUUAAUUAGGUUAAUUAUAAUGAAUUUUCUUUACUACGUCUAAAUACAUGCAUCGUCUUCUAAAAAGAUGAUUAUUCUUAUUCGACUGAGCUUGAAAAUUCAUUAUGUAAAAGUUACUUUAUAUUUACAUCUUAUUAAUAUAAUAUAAUAUAUUAAUAUAAUAUUUGAACUCCAAGCUUCGAAUUAGAAAAAUGAACAUUGAAAUUUUCAAGUUUUACUUAGUUAAACAAUAGCUUAUGUAUUAUUAUUAUCAUUAUUAUUAUUAUUAUUAUUACUAUUAAUCAUUUAUUCCUUUUUAGAAGACGACAUAUGUAUUUACGUAGUGAAAUCAAUUAUUUGCAUGCCGGUGAUUGAGUAUCACACGAUUAAAUGAAUUGAUAAAUUGUGCAUUGAAAACUUUAACAUGAUGAAAAAAUUUCCCUUAUUGUAUGAUAAUUGUCAGUUCAGUGUAUUAAAAAUUAAUAGUUUAUUAAUUUAUCUCUCUUUUAAUAUCAAAUGAGUGAAGAAGGGAAAUAUGCUUUUAAUUGAGCCACUGCACUCGCAAACAGUUAUAAUUAAAUCAAAAAAUAUUUUAAAUACUAAUUUAUUUACUGAAUAUUUUUUUUUUUUUUUUCCACUUCAAUGCGUUAGGCAAUGAGCUUUGCUCACAAACGCUCUUAUAAUUGACUAUAAAAUACUGUGAAUCUUCUCUUUUUUUACCACUAAUAGUUUUUUGACUAAACAUAGAGUUUUAAAAGCAAGUAAUUGAAAUAUUUGUUAAUUAAUACAUUAAAUUAUUAAAAACAGUAUCGUGAUAUAAUUUUUUUUGCAAGUACAAGUAAUCUUCGAAUUGUUAUAACGACUUUUGAUCUUAACGACAUUAAAAAAAAAAACUUGUGUUCGUUUAAAUAAUUAGUCCUCGUUACAAUAAUUGUUUUUCUAAACCGCUUGUACCAUUCACUCAUAUUUAAAUAUCAUGAUAAAAAUAAUUUUUUUUCCCCUAAAAAUUUUUUUUUCUUUUUGCAUGUUUUAUUAACUGAGAGCAAAGUCUAAAUUUUGUAAAAGAAUAGGCUUUAUUAUUUAUCCAAUAAUAAAUGAUGAUAUAAAAAAUGUAUAUGUGAUAAAAUGAUCAAGUAGCAAUUUAUGCAAUUUUGAAAACUACUUAAUUCAAUUCAAUCUGAUUCAUCUAGCUCUUGAUCAUUUCAAAGAUAUAAACAAUCGAAAAAUAUAUUGUUAAUGUUAUUGGUAAUAAAAUGUAGCAUGUGGAAAUUUGUUGAAGAUUUUGAUAUUAUUAUUAUUUUGAUACAAGUAAAAAAUUUAUUUAAAAUUAA